CUCUGUAAAGCGUAAUGAUUUUGUAGAGAAGAAAUGUAUUUCUUAUAUUAAUGCGCGGGAGACAACAUAAGAUGAGAAAAUAAAAAGCAUAUUUUCAUUGCUAAAAUGAAAAGUGUGUCAUACGUAACAGCACAAGAACAAAAAGAUAAUAAGCCGCACCAUGAGAAAACCAACAUAGUGCAUUUGCGACAAGCAUGGAUCCAGAACAGCCUUCGCAUCCGCGCAGUCUGAUCAGGAUCCAUGCUGUUCGCUCACGGUUUCUCUAAUUGCAGUAGGCUUUGAAAGCGAACAACAUGGAUCCUGACCAGACUGCGCGGAUGCCCAGGCUGGUCUGGACCAUGCUGGUCGCAAAUACAUUAUGUUUGUUUUCUCAUGGCGCGGCCCAUUAUAGUGAUUUGAUUGAAAAUUCACUUUGCUAGAAAGCAUGAAAAGUUUUAAAGAAUCUACUAAGUCUUCUUUAUCUGUAGUGUAAUCCAGUAUGUUCAAUACAUUAAAGCCCCACCAACGCCAGGUAUCUCUUUUUUGAAGAUAUUUGUUGUUUCUCAACAACCAGAUAAUAUUUUCGCAAAAACUUGUCAACAAAACCACAGAAAGUGAUUCAUUUUUCGCCAAAAAAAAAAAAUAUUUAUUUUUUUCUGGAUAAUUUUCAUAAUUUUCACGUAAUAUCUAGAAAUCGUAUGCAGGAAUAUACUACCAUAAAAUUUAAUCUUUGACAAAAUGCAAGUAUUAUUUGCUUUAGGAAAAUUGGAGGUCCUACAGAUGAUGAAAAGAAUCUGUGUGCAUUGACAUGAUAAACACAACGAAUUACUGGUCAGUGCAGUGCCGUAAGCGUAAAUGAACUUAUUUCAACUGUGUAUGAACCGUAAUUAUAAGUGUUUCGGAUUUAUUAAUCCGUUGAUUUAAAGUCCAGCGCUAAUCCCCUUUAAAUCUCAAAUACUCGUACAUGUAUCUGUGACAAUUAAACUUUGAAAGAGAGACGUCUGGUAGUUGUUAUUGUAUUGUAUUGAUUUUAAACAAAAGUUUAAUAUUUUACCUAUAUUCCAUAGUGGCAAUUAAAGUUCUCAUUGUGUUUUUAAUUCACCUACGUUUGUGAAAAGGGAAUUAUCUCUUGAAACUGUAAGUUAAUGAUUUUAAUAAAUUACAUCAUCUUCAGCCAUUUUCAAGUUAAAAAAAUAAAUAGAUAAUUUAUUAUUCAUAAUUCUGUUUAUCAUAUUCAGAAAUGUAUGCUAGUAUUUUAACAGGAUAUACAUUUUGUAAAAAGUACUGGUUAAUGAAGACUGACUACAUGUAUAUAAAUUCAUGCGGUUUGAUAUUCGACAAGACAAUAUCAUGGCAAAUAAGAAAUUUCUCUUAUAGAAAACAAUAGCAAUAUGGCGGAGUUUGCCUCAGCGCGUGCCUCUAUUACUGGUUCCGCUGUUCCGACAGCUGGAUACAGCUCUGGAGCGGAACACACAUUUCCGCAACAAACGGACCCGGUAAUGGAAUCCGCACCGGAAACGGAAGCGGGGCCAGAAGGUGGAGGGAACACCGUGACAUUUGGAGGUGUAGAGACUUUCAGUAAAACUAACUCAUCAACCGCUGGAUCGACCACGGGUGCUCUCACUGACGACACUGGGAUGACGCCUAUAUCUCAAAAAGUCACAAGCGAGCUGAUUACCGCAGGGGGUGCCGACAGCACUGUCCCGCCCAUGGAGACACCUGGGCCUAGUUCCCUACAGGAUAAAGCCGACAGCAACAAAAUGAACAUCAAUCCAGACGUUGUCAUAGAAAGAGAUUCAAUCGCAAAGCCGUAUCUAAAUGUCGUGGUUAUCGGCCAUCUUGCUUCCGGAAAAUCAACAGUUUCCGGUAGACUGGUGUAUGAAUGUGACGGUAUCGAUGAAGAAUUGAUGACGAAAUUCGAGCGCGAAGCAAAUUUGGCGGGCAAGGCGGCCUCAAAGUAUGCCUGGGUAAUGGACAAACUUCAGGCAGAGAGAGAACGCGGAAUUUCCAUAGAUACCAAACUACGUCGUCUGGAGACACGUAACUAUUACGUUAACGUAAUUGACGCACCUGGUCAUACCGAUUUCGUUCAUAACAUGAUCACAGGAUCCUCGCAGGCGGAUGUCGCAAUCCUGGUUGUAUCAGCUAAGGAGAAGGAGUUUGAGGAAGGUGUAACACAUGACGGACAGACACGUGAACAUUUACAGUUAGCGUACGCCAUGGGAGUUAAACAGCUUAUUGUUGUCAUCAACAAAAUGGACGUUACAAAGCCACCUUACAGUCAGAAAAGAUACAACUUCAUCGAGAAGAAUGUAGAUCUGCUGGCCAAGAAGGCCGGGUUCGACUCUGAGUCUGUCAUUUAUUUACCUAUCUCCGGCUGGAUGGGGGACAACCUCGUCAAAAGAAGCGAAAGUCUUAACUGGUUUAAGAUGUGGAAAAUAGAGCGGAAGUCAGGAGGAGCCAGUGGCAAGACCCUGGUAGAUGCACUGGAUGCCAUGGAGCGACCACCAAAGUUAGAGCGAUACCCUCUCCGCAUGGCCGUCCAUAGUGUAUACAAACUUGGUACGGUUGGUGUUGUGGCAGCUGGCAAGAUACACUGCGGUUUCGUAAAACCAGGAAUGUCGGUUACCUUUGGCCCAUCAGAUUUGAAAACAAAGGUACGUGCUGUACAACUCCACCAUGAUGCUGUCACAGAGGGCUACCAGGGUGAAAAUGUUGGCCUUCAGAUAGAAGGGUUGGAUAUCAAGGACAUCAGAAAGGGAUUCCUGUGCGGGGAGACUAGCAGAGACCCGCCCAAGAAAGUUCAAUUGUUUACAGCACAGAUGGUGAUUCUGCAGCACCCUGGUGUCAUCAAGAAGGGCUACACACCAAUGCUUCACUGUCAUACCGCCUGUGUACCUGUCAAAUUCACCGAAUUAAGAGAAAGAUGUGAUCGAAGAACCGGCGGCCGAAUGGAAUAUAAUCCGACGGUAUUAAAAACCGGCGACGCUUGCGUCGUCGAUAUGGUACCAUCAAAACCAAUCUGUGUCGAGUCAUUUUUCGAUUAUCCGUCUCUAGGGAGAUUUGUUGUCAGGGACAUGAAGCAGACGAUAGGCGUGGGCGUGAUUGUGAACAUUCCUGGACGGGACCCGCCACAAACUGACGACGACAAAUGGGCCGUCGGCACCGUGCCAUUUGCCCGGCGACCACAGACUACAGGCGGACGAAGUGUUACAUUUAGUAUACCCCAGCCAGACGAGUUCGAAAAACCUAAAAAUUUCAGUUUUCAAGACGAAGAAACAUUUAGAACACAGUCUGGUAAGCUCGAGACCGAGUUAUAAAUAGAAAUGUCCAAACUAUGCAAUACAAUGCAACAAGAAGCUGCUUUCAGCACUAUGACUGUUUCCUUGGAAACAGGACGCUGGCUAAGAAUUGCUGACAAUUUAUCCAACGUUGGCUAUAAUGAAGUUUGUCAUGUUUUACUGUGCCCAACGUUUAGUUUACGGUAUCAAAUACGUGAAAAGUAAUGCAAUUUCAAUUAUAAGAAAAGACUUCCAGCUGUGACACAAUAGAUAGCAACGUACAAGUUACACUGGUACUGGAAACGUCAAUAUUUUUCCAUACACUGACGCCUGAAUUUCAUAUCGGGUGUGUGUUGUUGCACUAUUUUUUUUCAUUUAGUUCAGUAUUGUUAGUCCUAUUCAGACUUUUGAAAAAAUCGUAAUAUUUACAUUAUAUUUAUAUAUGUACAUGCGUAUUUUAUAAAAAAAAAAAUAUUAUUUUAUCUUUUCAUCGGGAAAUAUGCACCCGUUCUUCAGCGGAAGAAGAUUGUGCUCCUAAAGCCGCGUAAUAUUUCCACCGAAGGUAUCAUGCAUAAGGUAAUAACACCCAUACUGACGUCGCUGUGCGUGAUGUCAUUUAUAAAAUGCAUUUCACAGGUGUCAUAGCUUUUACUCAGGCUCAAGCUUAAGAACAAAUUUAUAUCAAUUAUAUUAUACGUUUAAGUGUAGAUGCAGUGUAAUGAAAACAAAAGUAAAUUUGAAUCUAGUAAUAUGCACUCGUUCUUUCGCGGAAUACCAAAUGUUGCGGCGGUCACAAAUUCGUGCAGUAUUUCCACUGCAGAACUCGUGCAUGAUACUCGAUACAAAGCAAUAAAUGAGUUUUUACAUCCAUGUUUCAGUUUAGUACAUUCGUUGCUAUAGAAAUAAAACGCUUACUCUUUGUCAACAAUUAAUGUUUGAAUUUUCAUGAAUAAAAUUACACGAUUAC